AUGGAUGCAUUGAAUAUGGAGUUUGAAAGCAACACCUUCGACCUAGUUUGGGGUUGCGAGUCUGGAGAGCACAUGCCUGACAAGAAGAGGUAUGUCGAAGAGAUGUCCAGGGUUCUGAAGCCCAAAGGAAACCUGGUUGUGGCGACUUGGUGUGAGCGAGAUCCAGUGCCAAUAUUUACAGCAGAAGAGCGCAAAACGCUGAACUUCCUCUAUGCCGAGUGGUCACAUCCCUUCUUCAUUUCCCUCAGCAAGUACAAGGAGUAUCUUGAGGGCACUGAGUUGCUGGAGAAGGUUGAAACCGCAGACUGGACCGAUCAGACCUUGCCAUCUUGGCGACACUCAGUGUGGGUCGGCGUGUGGUCACCUUGGUACUGGAUAAAGGUUACUUUGAGGAAGCCAGCUGCUUUCAUCGGCUUUCUUCGGGAGGUAUACACGCUCGAAAAGUACCACAAAUCAAUGGUUGAUGGGCUCAUGGUUUAUGGGAUGAUGCGAGCCAUCAAGAAAUAA